AUGGAUGAAUCUUCGUCAUCAAGUCUUGUUUCAAUUAAUUCACCAUCAACAGUACCAUAUAUUAAAUGUAAUUUUUUAGAUAAAGACACAGAUCUUAAUGAAAAACCUGUAUGGAACAAUGAAAUAGCUUUAUUACUUUCAUAUUGGCUUCAACAAAGAGCAAAUCAUGAUGAUAUUUUUGGAAGUUUUCGUUCAGCAAAUGCACAUACGGAUAGUUUGGGUGAAGUUGAUGUUAUAACAGAUGCUGAACAUAUUAAAAAAUUACUUAAAGUUCCAUUUAAUAAACAUAGUCAAAUAUCAAUGAUAGUACAUCGUUUAGGACGAACAAUACUUCUUGAUGAAUUUGAUGUUCAUUCACAUUUAUUACGUCUUGAAAACAAUGAAUGGACAUGGUUUCGAGAUUUUUUUCUUGAUACAAUUUUACGUAAUAUUUCUGUUAAACAUUUUUAUAAAAAAAAUAAAACACGUGAUGAACUUAUACGAAAAGAUCGUUUAGUUAAAUUUUUAUGUCAAAGUGUUGAAUUACCUCAAUUAACACGUUCAAUGUCUAAUAAUGAUGAAUCUCAAUCAACAGAAACAACAGCAACAGCAACAACAACAACAAAUGAAUCAACAACGACUACUGCUGCAGCACUUCUUCAACAAAUAAAAGACCUUGUUAAUGCAAAUAAUAAUAUUGAUGAUGAUAAUGAUGAAAAUAAAAAUACAAAUUUUACUUCAUCACCAUUUCAACGAACUGUUAAUUGGACAUUUGAAAAUAUGAAAAUGUUAAUUGGUUCAGAUUUACCUAUUUUUGGUGAUGAACAACAUCCAGCUGUUAGUCUUCGUUUAAGGGAUAUGAAUAAGCCAAUAAAUGUUUUAACUGGUAUUGAUUGUUGGCUUGAUAAUUUAAUGUGUAAUGUACCUGAAUUAGCAAUGUGUUAUCAUGUUGAUGGUAUUGUUCAAUCAUAUGAAAUAAUUAAAACAGAAGAUAUACCUUAUCGUGAAGGUUGUCAAUUUCCACCAGGUGUUAUUCGUGAUUUAGCAACUAAUCUUCUUUCAUUUCUUAAAGCAAAUGCAACUAAAGAAGGCCAUACAUAUUGGUUAUUUAAAGGUCCAGAUGAUGAUAUUGUUAAAUUAUAUGAUUUAACAAGUUUAUGUGAAACAGAUCGUGAUGAUAAUCCAUAUACAUUACCAGUUGCUACAUUACUUUAUAAAAUGGCACAUAAUAUUGUAUUAAAUUCUGAUUAUGAAACACGUUUAAAAGAAUCUGGUACAAUACGUACAUUACUUAAACAUUGUUUAGAUAUGCUUGAUUCAGAAAAAUUUCCCGAAUAUUAUUGUGCUGCUGCAUAUAUGAUGGCAGAUUUAUUUAUUGAUGAUAAUAUUAGUGAACGAAAUUGGACAUUUGAUGAAAAUGAUAUAUCAGAUUCAGAAUUAUUUAAAGAUACUUUAUCAUUUGAAAAUGAAAAAGAAUCAGUUACAUUUGCUUGUGUUGAUAUUAAAACACUUGUACAAUCUCAACAACAUCGUUUUCAUAAAAAUCUUGAUGUACCACGUCUUGGUCCUAUUCAUGGUAAUCUUGAUGGACGAGCUAGAGAAGCAUUAAAAUAUUUAGUUGCAGCAUUACGUAGUAAUGGAGUUUAUCGUCGUGCACAAGCAACUACAGGUUCAAAUGGAAAAGAACAAACAUCUGAUGAUAUUGAUCAAAAAUCGAAAGUGAUUGUACCAUUACCUUAUCAAACAACACGAAAUUGUACAAAAUUUUUAAUUGAUAGUAAAAAUCGUUUAACAUGUGAUCAACGUUUAAAAUCAAUUAUUUUACAUAAAGCAGCAUUAGCUUAUUUUUGUCUUGUUGAUCGAUGUGAACAAGAUAAAAAUUAUGGAUCUUGUUUACGUUAUCUUCGUUUAGCACUUAACUGUUAUAGUGCUGAAUUUAAACUUCAAUUAAUGGAUCAAAAUAAUAAUAAUAUUGAAUGUAAAAGAUUAUUAUCUUAUAUAAUGAGUAUAGCUGGUGAUUGUCGUUUAAUGAUAUCACAUGUAACAUCAACAGAAGAAAUUGAAAAAUUUCGUGAACAAUAUCAAAUUAUGAAUAAUAUUGAUUGUGAAAUUCAAAAUGUUAUUGAUGAAGUUGGAAUAGAUGAAAAUUCUUGUGAAUUUUCUUGGGUAUUUGAAUUAACACCAAUUAUUGAACGUAAUCUAUCUGCUAGUGCACAUGCUUAUGAAUAUGCAAUAAAUAUAAUUCAAAAUCUUAGUGAUAAUGAUAAACAACGUCUUCAUUUAUUAAAAAAACGUUUAGGUAAUGUUAGAAAUGAAAUGGGUGUUUAUUGGAUGAAUCAAUGUGCUCAAGCAUUAAAAAAUUUGGAUGAAGAAACAACUAAAGAUAUAAAAGAUUUAUUUCGAAAAAGUUUUGAAAAUUUUGAUGCUGGUAUUCAUGCAUUUGAAAAAAUAAAUGAUAUAUCAAAUAUUGCAUUAUUACAUUCAAAUCUUGGUCGAUUAAUGAGAUAUUAUGCACAAUAUUAUGUUCCAUUAAUAGAUGGUAUUCGACAAGAAUUUUCACAACAAGAACGACAAAGUUAUCAUAAAGCUUUUGAUUAUUAUCUUCGUGGAUUAAAAUUAGUUGAAAAUCGUUCAGAUUUAUUUGAUAUUUAUCGUACAUUAUCAUGGGAAUUAUCAAAUAGUUAUUUUGCAAUGGCAAUAUCACUUCAAGAUUAUGCACCAUUGAGUACAAUGUCUCAAGAAGAUGUUGAAAAAGAAGUUAUUGAAUGUAUGACACGUGCAUUAAAAUAUCUUGAAGUAGAACUUCAUUGUCCAUUAUCAAAUCGUUAUUCUCUAGCAAAAUAUCGAGCUGGUACAAUUCAUCAUCGAUUAGCUUCAUUAUUACAUAAUGCUUUUCGUACAGAAGAAAGUAAAACUCGUCGAAAACAUUUACGUUCAUUAGCUUCAUUACAUUAUGAAAAAGCUUUAAAAUUAUUUUCACCUAAUGAUAAUCCACUUGAAUAUUUACGUCUUUUAAUUGAAGAAGUUGCUUUAGCUGAUUUUGAACUUCAAAAUGCAAAUGACAAUUCAUCACGUUUAAAAUAUUCUCAACAAGGUUUACGUGCAUCAUUUCAAUGUCAAGAAACAAUUGAUAUUAUUGAUCAACAUCGAACAAGUUCUGAUCCCGAUGAUUAUAAUGAUAUAUUUGCACAAGAAGCUCAACGUCUUUUAUCUAUAUUAAAUGGACGUAUACAAACAUUUUUAAAAGAAAUUGUUAAAAUAUUAAAAAUAACAAGUAGUAAAAAAUUAAUCUAUGAAGAUUAUAGAGAAAUGUAUAGUAUAUCAUUACGAUUAAAUGAUACAUUAGCAACAUUUCCACGUGAUUUAUAUGAUGCAAUUGAACGUUUAAAAAAGAUUUAUGAAAAAAAUACCAGUGACUAA